AUGGGUCAUGCGAAGCCAGUUGCCCAAAAUCUCCUUGCCGACCUUCCGACUGACGUUGACGCUGUACCAUCCCAACCAAUGUCCCCACCUAAACCAAAAAGAAUCAAGAAGGCCCAGCCUAAGGCCAGGGCUGUUGAGGCUGAAGAUAGUUGGCCUAUCUCAAAACUGGCUGAGAGUAAGAAGACUUCUUCUGCUUCUGCAAAAAGGUCUGCCGAGACCCAGCCCUCUGAGUCUACCCAAUCAAAGAAGCCGAGGUCUGCCUCAGCUACAACUUCGGGGUCUAAGAAAUCCGAUGUCCCCUGGGCACCAAAGUUGACUUUGGAGGAUAGGCCAAUUAUGUCAACUGAGAGUGCCGACGACAUUAAUGCCAUCCAGCACGCCCAUUCAUUUUCGAUGCAAUCUUUCGAAAAUCGGCAAAGAGUGGUUGACAUGAAGAGGGAGAUCUCUGCCCUCAAAAAGGACAGUAAAUCUUUUGAAUCGAAGAUGAAGAAAUUGGAAGAUCAGGCCGAGGCCGCUACUAAGGCCCAGCAAAUAGACGAAGAAAAAGCAGAGUCUGCCGAGGCUAUUAGAAAAGUUGCUGAGGCAGAAAAGGAGGAGUUUAAAUCGAAAAUGGCUCAGGCCGAGAAAGAGCUUCAAAAGGCUUUGGCCACAAAAAAAACCGAGAUUGAAGAAGCUGAUGAGAAGGCCUAUGCCCAGGAUGACUCGCCGUUGCGCAAUGCUGAAGCUGUUCCUCUCCCAUUUCCUCCAAAUCAAGCUGGAGAAGAAUCUGAGUCUGAGCCUGAAGCCAAUGAUGAGGAUAACGAUGAUGGUGAUGCUCUAGUAAGGAAGCCCAAGGAUGGUGAGGAUGAGGAGUUUGUUAAGGAGGCUACUCUUGAACAAGCAUCACCAGAUGUCCCUCCUACCGACGAUAAUCUUAAUCGAACACUUGCCGAAAUUGAUGCCGAGAUCAUGGCCGAGAAGGCUGCCGAGGUAGCUUUUCAAGAAUCCAUCGAGGUCCAAAUUCAAAUUGCUCCUGAUGCUGAAGAAUCCUAA